GAACGCAGCCACUGAUAGGAGGCAGGAGCCUCCAUAAUCAAUCAUAAUUAAGAAGAAGAAGAAGAAGAUACCUGGCAGAUUGCAUCAUUGCAAUUGCAUUAGAGAAGAAAAGAAGAACUGACAGAUCUUGCCAUUACUGUGACAUAACUGAACGAGCGUGAGUUCGUUGACAUGUGAGAGAGGAGAAGACAGAAUGUAUGCGAUCGAUGACGAGGAAAUCGUACCGAGACAUUUUGCCGUGUGCAACUUUUACGGCGUAGAGACAUGCUUCUGUUGGAACGCCGACAAGCUCAUCAUCUAUCCGUACACGAAGGACAGCUCGACGCAGGUCACACAGGACGCGCGGAUUCUGUCGACGCCAGCUCCUAUCAAGAAAGUACAGUUCUUCGACAAUAGAGCUUUCCUGAUAUGUUUGCCACAGGGUGCAUACAAAGUGUCACGGAACGGCGAGUUCGCUUUGCUGAGCAAAAAUGCAUUGGGCAUGGGUGGCGAGUUCUUCCAGGUGCUCAUUGUCUGGAACAACGGCAUUUAUCUCGACAACAAACAAGUAAAGUCCUCCAAGCUGUUGUUUCCCCUUACACCGAAUGCGAGUGAGAUAGUGUGCACUUUUUCUCUGAAUCCGGCGAGCACUGAGCCACAGCUCAUGAGCUAUUUCGCUGCCGGUUGGGAAGCUGAAGGAAAUCUGUGCGUUGUCGGACAUCACAGGAAGCUGUAUACGCUGAGGACUGAUACUGUACAGUUGAUUUACACUAGUGACAGCACUAUCGUGGACAUCCUGCCUGUGAAGAGACGAGAUAAGGUAGCUGGUCUGCUACUUCUUACAGAACAAGCAAAUCUGGUAAUCUUGGUACAUGAUGGAGGUGACAAGUGUGCAGAACAUGGACCGGUUUUCGAAAGAAUAUAUCUUAAAGAAAAUGACAGCACGAUGCUCUGUGCUACUUUCAGUCUACAAAUGGAAAACGUUUUGUGGAUGAUUUGCUGUAAUCAGUUCAGGACAUAUUACAUAAGAAAGGAGCUAUUCGUCGAAGCGGUUCAAGAGGUGAAAGUAGAAGAGAGGACGUUUACAUGUAUGCAGUAUUAUAAGCCAAAUACAAUUCUAGGUCUUUCGCAAAGGAAGGAAUUGAUUGAGGUGUCUCUAGAAGAGUUGGACAAUUCUUUGUCAAUCGAUAAUAAUAUCGUUCUUCAUACUGCAAUGUUUCAAAAAACAGAUAUUAUCAUGGAGAAAAUUUGUGCCAAAGUGAAGGAGUUCGAUGCACUCUAUGAGAAUUUGUCGGAUGAGCAAGAUACAUUGAAAAGAAUAAAUAUAUACGCUGCCAAGCAAAAACUACAAAUAAGUCCCAACAUUAAGAUAUCUAGACUAUGCAAGCAUCGUUAUCUUGGUUUACAUAUUCCAGAUAAACUGCCUAAAAGCAGUUAUGUAGUGUUCUCUUUUGCUUCUAAAAAUCAAAGCACAUUCUGCAUGAAGAAAGUCAUGAAAGGUCAUGCACUCACGGUAAAAAUGCCCAUCAAUAAAAAUCAAGUAUUACAUUCUUCAUCUAUCAAUAUGGAUUUAAUUACAUUGGUGAACGAACAACGUCCAUGGUGCCUUGUACAGAAUUUUAUAAAUUCUCCACUGCAGCAAAUUAAGAGGAAAGGAAGACAAAUGGAAGAAAAGACUAAUUUCAUAGACACUAAAAUAUCGUCGUUGCUACAAUCAAUAGCGGGAAAAGAAUUGACCAUGACAAAAUUAUGCGAAAUCAAAAAGAUCGUACGCGCAGAAUUAUGCAGAUGUAAUGAUACUUGAACUGUUUAUAUAUAUUUAAUUUGAUAUAAAUAUUUUAGAUAUACUUAUUCUAUUUGUUUCUUGUUGUAUUAGAAAA